AUACAAUUAACUGUUACUCUUUAAAAACUAUCGACGAAUUGAUUGUGAAAAAAAAUUAAUUCAAUUUCCAUCACAACCUUAUGACCCAUUCUCAAGGUAACCUUGGAAUUCAAGGCUUGAAUUAAAUUCUAUUCUUUUCCAGCUACAGAUUAUUAUUUCUCUGUGGAAAGUGAUGGUUUCUUUGGAUUAUCUGAAACCUUUUCAAACUUGCGCCAGGAAUCAAAGGAACAAGUUGAUUAGCAACCUGAGUUUUUCAUCUUGAUCACAUUUAAAAUUUUGAUUCUUGUAAUCUGGUGUUCUUGUUUAUUCAAUCAUCAUGAGAGUCUCAAUGCUACUUAGAUUAUUUAAACCUCGAAGGAUUUCAACCUCAUCAUCACCGUCCAUUAAUACGAGAAAUUUUCGUACAUGGAGUGGAGGGAACAUCAACCUUUUAUUCUUACCCAAUUUCGGAUUCACCAAAUUCAAUCAGAAAAGAGAUUUUUCUUCUAAACAAGAAUCUUAUUUCUCAGCAAUCGGUGGAGAAUCCGAUGAACCACCGCCCGAACUGACACCAGAACAGGUCACAAGUAUUCUCACUAUGAAUGAAGUGAAAUUUUCUGGAAACGGUCGAAUAAAGACAAUCGAAUGUAAUCAACUUUCUUCUAAUCAACCGAUUGAAGAUCGUCUUCGAGUAUCUAAAUUAAAUUUAACCGAUAUCAAUACAUCUUUAAAUUCAAAUUCUUCAAAAGAAGCCAUGAUUUUCGCCGUUUUCGAUGGCCAUGGUGGUAGAUUAUGUGCCGAUGUUGUUACAAAACGUUUAUUUAGUUAUAUCGCUUUAUCUUUAUGCACGGAUCCAGUUAAUAUUGUUUCUGAGAAAAAAUUGGAUAAAAUUGUUGAAGAUUUACAAAUAGCUCCAAAUAUAUCUCAAAGUUUAAGUUUAUCGUAUGGACCUAUUGCCUGUGAACGAAUCAAGUCUGUCUCAUCAGAAAGAACCAAAUUUUACCUGGAAAGAUUUGCUCAUAAACUUACUGAAACUUCAUAUGAAACAAUUGAAGAGAAAAUAUCUGAUGCUUUCUUACAAUGUGAUCAAGAUAUUUCAGAUGAAAUCGAACAUGGUUUAUCAAAUCCUGUUUCAAAUGUUCUCAUCCAUUAUUAUCUUUCGCUUGCCGUUAGUGGUUGUUGCGUCUCUUUGAUCAUGAUCCAUGAUGAUGAUUGUUAUAUUGCGUCUACAGGUGAUUGUAAAGCAGUCUUGGGAUUCCGUGAAGAUGGUCCAUCUAAUCAUGUAACUAAAUCAGUUGAUUUAACCAAUGAGCAUAACAGUGAUAAUGCCUCCGAAACCAAGAGAUUACUUUCUGCCCAUCCAGCUAAAGAAAAGAAAACAAUUAUCAAAAAUGAUAGACUUUUAUCCCAUCUUAUGCCUUUCCGAGCUUUCGGUGAUUUCUGUUACAAAUGGGAGAUCGAAAAAAUCAAAAAAGUUGGCCUAACUCAAGCUUUUGGUCCUCAUAUUAUACCUCCAAAUUACCUGACCCCUCCUUACCUUACAGCUCAACCUGAAGUCUCCAAGAUCUCAUUAUCUCAAAAAUCAGAAACAACCAUUGGAAGUAGAUUCAUUGUAAUUGCAACCGAUGGUCUCUGGGAACAGUAUGGAACUAGUCGUUGUUUGAUUAAACAAUUAUUCCGACAUCAAUUUAUAUUAAAUUCAAAUGUCUCAUCAAGUGAAAAUAUCCCAGUGCCAAAGAACUCUAAUCAAAGUUGUCCCAGUAAACAAGUUUCCAAUAAGGUUACAGAUAAUUCAAUUGAAUCAAAGAUUCCUGUUCAUGGUGAUUCAACAAUCGAUUACAAUAAGUUCAUUGAUGAUAACAGAUCUACACACUUAAUCCGAGUUGCCUUAGGAACACCUCCACCUUUAUCCAAUCUGAUCCAAGAUGAUAAUCCAACUGAUUUUAAAUCACAACAUAAAAGAUUAUCUACUUUCUUGACUUUACCAUCUCACCUUGUCCGUAAUUUUAGAGAUGAUAUAACUGUUAUCGUUCUGCAAUUAGAUUAAAUAAGAGUAAAUAUUUGUGGCAAAAACAAUUAACAAUCUUGGUUAACCCGAUCAUCUGGUAUCCAAAUGUGAUUCUGAUUAUACAAGUAAUUUAAUCAUCAUUAUUAUCAUUGUGAAAAAACAAAACAAAUCUGUAAAUGACAACAUUAUUUAGGAUAAACGUUUUAAUUUUAA